AUGUCACGCUCAAGCAGCCAUGGCGAGGCAAAAAAAAUGCCAGCUUUGCCCCGGCCCAGUUCCAGGCCGCCAGCAAGCGAUAGCCCAACAUCGAAUGCCACUGCAGUCGAUAUGCCUGUUCGAAGCGCAACGUCACUGACAAUUCCCGAUAGUGUAAUCUUGGUCUCACCGCAAAAUGAAAUCUUGUUGCUCCAUCGAGUCAAGACAUCGACUUCUUUUGCGUCUGCCCAUGUCUUUCCUGGAGGUAAUCUGUCUGAGCAAGACGGACCGUGUCCUCCACCCGAGAAUCUUUCCAGACAUGAAGACGGACCUCAUUACCGUCGGGCUGCCCUUCGAGAGCUAUUUGAGGAGAGCGGAAUUUUGCUUGCCAAAGAUCGCAAGUCCGGGAAAAUGUUAGCUGUUGACGAGGCCACGCGGGAGCAGGGCCGGAAGCUCAUUCAUCAAGGGAAAGCGACGUUUGACGAGUGGUUAGCGCAACAACAUCCGGAUGCCGAGCCUGACACAGAAAAAUUGACCCCUUUCACCCGCUGGAUAACCCCCAGUGCAAAUGCCAAGCGCUAUACAACCCAGAUGUACAUCUACUUCAUGCCACUGCCAGUGAACGUGGAUGAAAGCUUACUCAAAGAAUUGCCACAAGAGGGUGAGCGCGAGGAGAUCCAGGUGCCAUCGAGUGACGGUGGCAUCGAAGUCACAGAGGCACAAUUUUUGCCGGCAAAGGAAUGGCUGCGUCGCGCACAGAACGGAGAGAUCAUCCUUUUCCCGCCUCAAUUCCUACUUUUGUACCUGGUGUCUGGCUUCCUGGACCAGCAUCCACGGACAGGGCUUUCUGUGGAAGAAAUGGAGCAUCGACGAAACAAACUCAUCAGAUUCAUACACUCGGGAUCGCCUGCUUGGACAGAUAAGUGCAUAUCACCCAAGAUGACCAAAGUUGCCGCGGAUGGACGUACCGUUCUCGCGUUGCAUGACCCGGGUUAUGAAUUGAAAGGGUCGAAGAGGCAGGGCGAGUCGGAUUAUGUCGUUCUUGUACGAUUCAUGAAGGGGUCUGCGAGGGAAGUAACGGUUGCCUUGAAAAAGGAUAUCCUCAAAGACGAGCGCAGUAACCUUUGA